UAACCAAAACUAGGGGUUCCGAGAGAGAGGACGCCAUCUUGUUUGUUUGGAGGGGUGGAAUAACAGUCCCCACCAGGAGCGACACCAUCAAAAGAGAGAGGAAUAAAACGGCUUACCGGUCUGACACCUCCCCCUCCCCCCUUUCCCCUGUGGUGAGACGAUGUUUUAUGCCCAUUUUGUCCUCAGCAAACGUGGGCCGCUGGCCAAAAUCUGGCUGGCGGCCCACUGGGACAAGAAGCUGACCAAGGCUCAUGUGUUCGAGUGCAACCUGGAGAGUAGCGUAGAGAGCAUCAUAUCACCCAAGGUAAAAAUGGCUUUAAGAACAUCUGGGCAUCUGCUGCUGGGUGUGGUGAGGAUCUACCACAGGAAGGCCAAAUACCUACUGGCAGAUUGUAAUGAGGCCUUCAUCAAGAUCAAAAUGGCAUUCAGACCAGGUGUGGUGGAUCUACCAGAAGAGAACAGAGAAGCAGCCUAUAAUGCGAUCACGCUGCCUGAGGAGUUCCAUGAUUUCGAUCAGCCACUGCCAGACCUAGACGAUAUUGACGUCGCUCAGCAGUUCAACUUGAACCAGAGCAGAGUGGAGGAGAUCACCAUGAGAGAGGAGGUGGGAAACCUCAACCUGCUUCAGGACAAUGACUUUGCUGAUUUUGGUAUGGAUGAUCGGGAGAUGAUGCGGGAGGAGAGCGCGUUUGAAGUGGACAUCAUGGGAGCCUCAGCUUCCAACCUGCUGCUGGAGGCUGAGGGUGCAACGAACCAGAUGGCAGACAAGUCAAACCACCUGGAGUACGAUGACCAGUAUAAAGAUGACUUUGGAGAUAACCCAAUGGAGAACAAUGAGGGAGGCAUGCUGGUGGAUAAGCUGCUCAGCAACGAGGAUGGAGGCGGGAUAUUUGAUGACCCUCCUGCCAUCACAGAGAGUGUGAUGAUGCCACAGGACCACGGGGAUGAUGAUGAUGACUUUGACGCUCUCUCUGCUGGAGCUCCAGACAGUCCAGACUCAGGACCAACAGAGCCCCUGCCAGCCAUGGCAGACCAGGCAGAACAGACCACUAUGGUUCACAAUGAGGAGGAGACCUUUGCUCUGGAGCCCAUUGAUAUCACAGUGAAGGAGACCAAAGCAAAACGUAAGAGAAAGCUUAUCGUGGACAGCGUGAAGGAGUUGGACAGUAAAACCAUCCGUGCGCAGCUGUCUGAUUACUCUGACAUUGUCACUACACUGGACCUGGCACCUCCAACAAAGAAGCUGAUGAUGUGGAAGGAGACUGGAGGAGUGGAGAAGCUUUUCUCUCUCCCUGCUCAGCCGCUCUGGAAUGCCAGGCUGCUGAAGAUGUUUACAAGGUGUCUGACCCCGCUGGUGCCAGACGAGCUGAGGAAGAGGAGGAAAGGUGGAGAGGCUGAUAGUCUGGAUGAGUUUCUCAAGGAUCUGGAAAACCCAGAGGUGCCAAGAGAGGAAACAGCCGGACACCAGCAGAGAGACAUCAUGGAUCAGACCAUCAUGGAAGAGGCAAGUGCUCUGCAGACUUCAGCUGUGGAAGGCAGCAGGACAUCACUGGACGAGUCUGUUAUGCCUCCUCCUGCCCAAAGAGGCCUCAAACGUAAAGCCCAGGACACGGAACCAGCCCUGCCUAUGGGGGCUUUGGACCAGCAGCAGCAGCAGCAGCCACAGGUAUCCACAGCCUCUGAUGUGCCACAGCAGCUGGAGACAUCCAAUGUGGAUCUGCCCCCUGAGGAAACCACCACAAACAUCAGCCAGCUGAUUGAGCUGGACCUGCUCGGUGACAAGGACAGGAAGAAGAAUGAUGACGACUCAGAGGAGGAGGAGGAGGAGGCACAGGGAGGAGACCAGGACCAGGAGGAGAGGAGGUGGAACAAAAGAACUCAGCAGAUGCUCCAUGGCCUUCAGAGAGUGAUGACCAAAACAGGCACCCAGUCAGUCAGCCUGCUGGACCUGUGCAAGAACAAUAACAAGAAGCAGGCGGCUGCGAAGUUCUACAGUUUCCUGGUCCUGAAGAAGCAGCAGGCAGUGGAGCUCGUCCAGGAGGAGCCAUACAGCGACAUCAUAGCAACACCCGGACCUCGCUUCCACAUCAUCUAGAAAACCACAACUUUACAGCUGAAAGGGAGGGGAAAACUAUAUUGCAAGCGCCAAUAGAAAAAAAAGUAUUUAUUUAUUUUUUAUUUAUUUAUUUAAGUUUAUUUGGAGUGUGAUGCAGAGAUAUGUCUGCAAUAUUUUGCCAAGCAAUGGUGGGAGGAAGGAGGUCUGAAUGACAUGGGUUGAGCAUUACAAGGUUUGUCCCUUAGCCAGCUUUUUAAAUUUAUUUUUUAAUAUUGUGUCUUUAUCAUAUGAGAGUGAGUGAUGUACUGAACCUUUAUCGCUGCAGGGAUUCAGUUGUAGGCACAAAGUUACAGGCCGAGUGCUAAAGAUAAUCACAGCGGUGACAAUAUCCAGUAUAACAUUCAAGCUUGAGUGUAAUAUUGCAUUUAUACAACAGUGGCCAGCGAUUGCAAAAAAUGGAAAAAUGGUUGAUUGCUCUGUUGAUUUAAUGAGUUCCAUAUCCUAAUUGACUGGCCUGUUGCAUUUUCCUGUGUCUAUUUUAACCACAGAGCAGCUACUAAGUUUUGUUUAAUUUGUAUUAUUUAUCAUGCAGCAGGGUUUAUUAGAGUCUGUUUUGUGACUUUGAGGUACCAGCUAUAUCAGUCUCGACUAACUCUGAUGUAAUGUUAAUUGGCAGCAGUCAGAGCCCCUGGCUUACGCUGAAUAUAUACAUAUGGUGAAAAGUUCUGGUGCUGUUGUACUUCAUAUCAGCACUCUGGUCAGAGCUUACUGGUAUAUUAAGUGUUUUUAGACUCACCCUAUGUUUGAAUUGAAACCAAGUAAGAGCCGUAUGUUCCAUUUGGACUGUUUAUUUUUAUUCUCGCAGAUGUCAGUAACUCUGUUAAGCUUUUCCUCUCUAAAGAAACUACUGUUUUGCUUUGGUCAACUGAAAGAUGUUUGUAAUGAAGAACAACUGUAUGUAAACACAGUACUAAUAACUCCAUCAUCCAUGUUACUCAGACUCAUCCAUCCCACCACUGCCAGAAAGACUUUCUGUAUGCUGACAUUAGCCAAAAGAAGCAUGCACUAUAUCCAGUCUGCAGAGCACAGUGAAACAUUUACUACAGUAGUGAUACGCAGACAAAACCAGCAGUUAGUCAGUGUACAACUGUAGUGUAGCACUUUAGUCAUAAAAAAAACUUGUUUUUGCAGAUGCUUUGCUUGCAUCAUCAAAUUUUCAAAUUUGUGGUUGUGUCCCAAAUCUGGAUUACAAAUCAUUUCUUGUAGAAAAGUGACAAAUCUGAUUUUUGAGUGAACUCUUAGUUGAUUCAGAACAAUACGUGUCGUGUCAUUUCUGCUGUGAUUUCUUGUAUACAAACUACUCCAUAGAAUCAAGUAUAUAAUGUACACAGUUUAAAAAAGUAUAUGAUAAAAGAAUUUGGGCACAGCUUGUAUAAAAGAUCUUCAGAUUUCAAUAUUUAGAUUCUGUAAACAUCAGUGGUAUGCUGGUCUUGCAUGCUCUGUCCUGAAAUAUUCAUAACAGUUGAGGUUCCACUAGAAAUCGUCUUUAUUGCCAUGUUGCUCCAGCAUUUUUAGACUACUUAAAUGGGACAUAUCAUACCCAUUUUCACCAUUUAAUCCAGUAGUCAGAUUUUAUUUUUUCAGACACAGAAGGAAAACAAACAGAGCCCUGAGUUGACUUAGUUCACAUUUUACUGUUUGGUAGAUACUCUAGAUUACAAUCUGUCUCUCCUUACACGUUUACUAAACUGGAGUUGGCAAAACUGUCAAUACCUUAAAACUUUUUAAUAACCUCUUUAAAACCAUACAAUCUAUUUUAUUUUAAUGAUUGAUAGUAUUGAAAAGAAUCCGAUCUUUAAGGAGAAUACAUCUAUUUAGUAACAAAAGAGCUACUGAGAAGUGAGUCCUUAAAAAUGCAUCCAAACUCCUGCGCACUGUUAGAAGCUCAGUUCAGACCAAAAACCUGGACCACAAUGAAACCAUUUAAGAACAUCACAGGGAACAAAUGCAGCUGUGUGGACUGAGCCAUUGCCGCUCAUAUCAGGCUGACUGUUGGUGUUCCCUGCAGUUCAAUAUGAUCAACGUCAACAGGUGGUUAUUGGACACUGCAAGAAGAUAAAUGUGAAAUAGGGAAUGGAAAUCUUGUUUUUAUAGGCUGUAAAGGCUAACGAGUAUUUGUUCAAAGUAGAAUAUUUCAUUAGUGCUGUGAAUUUUGGAAAGGAUUACAUCCAUUAAAAAAAAAUAAACACUCAUGUCUCCUCUGUCAGCUGUGCACGUAAGCAGGACAUGUGGCGCUAUAUGAGCUAAUACAUGAGAAAUUCAAGGCUGUAGUAGUAGCUACAUUUGUCAUAAGAAAAAAGUACUGUUUUCAGCAUAUGU